GAUAUCACACGACCACGCACGACAUUACUCGACAUCAAUCGUGAAUCAAUAAUUUUGAAAUAUAAAUAAUACGUUAUCACGCAUGUAGAACUUGAACUUAUAACAAUCUACUAUAGAUAAAUCAACGUAAAAAUCAAGAAUUCUAUGAAAUGCACAAUUUGAACGUUUAGUUCGUUUAUUUAUGGAAUGUAAUUUGAAAUUGGAAAGAGGCUCCGGAAAUCGAGUAACGAAAGUGGUCGCCAUUUUGUGCUCUUUGAGAACAGUUAAGGCUGCGAAUGACGAUAUGUUCAUGCUGAGAAGCUUCGUGUGAUUAUCGAUUCUUUGUUUCUUCUUUGACCGUUCGUUCGGCUCUGCCGUGUUAAGCAGCGUUGAUGAUUGGGAUUCCGCGUGACGAUCGACAUAAGAUCACAGUUAAAAUUCGCAAUAAUAUGAAAAGGAGUUCCAGUCGAGACACUCCGCCUCCUCGCGUUAAACGAAGCAGAUCCUCCAUGGGACGAUAUGAUGAUUCCAGUGACGAACGAAUAACUCCAGAAAGAAUCCGUCGUCGUAGUAGAGGUGCAAGAAGUCCUAGUCCUACUCGUGCCUCGUCUCACGCACGUUACGUAGAAUCUAGUUCCCACAGGGACGAUUAUUUAAGAACCCCAAGAGAGUUACCCGCAGAACGUCCGUAUAGCUAUAAAGUUCUUUGUAUCAGCUCCAUUCAUCCGAAAGCUAGCGACGAAGUGAUCAAGGAUACUCUUUACAGAGAGUACAAGAAGUUUGGUGAUUUCUCUAUUAGGAUCUCUCACGAGCUAGACGAACGCGUUGCCUAUGUUUGCUUCAGAAGUUCUGAAGAUGCCAGAGAUGCAAAGCAUGCAAAACCAAGAAUUAUCAUGUAUGACAAGGUGGCCCUUGUGGAGCCAGUUUACGAAAGACCGGACACUUAUAGACGUCCAAGAUCCAUUACUCCACCUGAUUACGAAAGAUACUAUGCUAGAAGUCCUGGUCCAACAGAUAGACACAGACCUUUGGAAAGAUAUGAAAGAGUCUACGGACCUCCAGUUGGAUUGCCUCCACCACAUAGGGAAAUGAGACGAGAAGCAAUUCCUCCACCUCACCACGAGUUUGUUAGACCACCAAUUCAUCAUGGACCACCUCACGUUCACCCUGGUCCUCCUCAUCAUUACGGUCCUCCAAGACACAUGAUGAUACGGCAUCCUGUUCAUGGAUUCGAACGCGUGGAAAACAAGAAGGACAAGUUCCCAAAUUAUUUACAUCAUGUCUCUCCUGAAGAUGAUCCACUGGCAACGAGGACGCUCUUUGCGGGAAACUUGGAAAUUAAUAUUACAGAAGAGGAGUUGAGGAGGAUUUUUAGUAAAUAUGGAAUCGUGGAUGACAUAGACAUUAAGAGACCUCCACCAGGAACUGGAAAUGCUUACGCUUUCGUCAGAUUUCAGACUUUAGACAUGGCGCACAGAUGUAAAGUGGAACUUUCUGGACAGUACAUAGGGAAAUUUCAAUGCAAGAUUGGUUAUGGAAAGGCUACUCCUACUACAAGAAUCUGGGUUGGCGGUUUAGGACCGUGGACCUCUGUGCCCCAAUUAGAGAGAGAAUUCGACAGAUUUGGAGCGAUAAAGAAAAUUGAUUACAUAAAAGGUGACAGCAACGCUUACAUUCUAUACGAUUCCAUCGAUGCUGCACAGGCUGCCGUGAAAGAGAUGAGAGGAUUCCCUCUAGGCGGUCCAGACAGAAGAUUAAGAGUAGAUUUCGCAGAUGUAACUCCAGGAUUUGGAUUCAAGCCUAGACCCUACUCGGAAGAGAGCGGAGAGUUCAGACCAAGACCCGUUGACUACGAGUCAUCUUACGAUCCCUAUGGACCAGACAGUGACUUUGGAUAUGGACCAAGAGGUUUCAGAGGCAGGGGAUCUGCUCCAUGGCAUGAAAGGAGAGGCGGAGGACGAGGAGGCUAUCGUGGAACUUAUCCAGACAGUUAUAUGAGAGACGAAGCAGACUGGUCCAGUCGCAGACCACCGCCAGAGUUAGAGUACGAAACUCCGAGAAGCUUGCGUAGAUCUCUAUCUAGGGAACCUGGCGUAGACAGAUCCAGAUCAAGAUCUCCUCGUAGAAGACCGAUCGAUUCUGAUUCGGAUUCAGAGAACACUCGUACUGGAAUGCUUUCCACUUCCCGUACACUUCCAGAAGUCGCAAGGAAAUCGAUAGCGGUGUGGCAAGGAGCUCUAAUCUUAAAAAAUUCUCUCUUUCCAGCAAAGUUUCAUUUAACCGAUGGUGACACAGAAAUAAUAGAAGCCUUGAUGAAAGACGAAGAUGGAAAGCACAUGCUGAGGAUUACGCAGAGAUUACGUUUGGACCAACCGAAGUUGGACGAUGUGUCGAAGAGAAUUCAAACUUCCAGUUCGCAUGCUAUUUUCCUAGGGUUGGCUGGUUCGAGUACCGUUAUCUCCACAGAUGACACUAAUGUCCAGACCAGACCUCUGCGUAACCUGGUGUCGUAUUUGAAGCAGAAAGAAGCAGCCGGUGUCAUUUCGCUACUUAAUAAAGACACGGAAGGAACUGGGGUUCUUUAUGCAUUUCCACCGUGUGCAUUUUCUACAGAAUUGUUGAAAAGAACCUGUCCCAGUCUCAGCGAAGAAGGACUCAAAGAGGAUCAUCUGGUAAUCGUCGUUGUUAAGGGGGGUAGCGCCUAAGAUAUCAUUAAUGACACUGACACACACACACACACACACACACACAUGCGCGCAUGAAGCACGCACGCAUACAAUUAGAGCAACCUAUAGGAUACAUUUAUACUGACUAAGGUGUUUAGUACCAUCACUUUAAGUACAUUAUUUGCAGCUUUCGAAGAAACAUUUCAUACGAGAUACAAAUUUUCAUUUGAUCUUGAGGGUUUUCUUAAGUAAUAUUGUAUUUUGUAUGAUCAUUUUUUUUCAUACAGAAACUUUUGUAGUGUAUUAUUUCAUUGUAGGAGAGUUUGACGCGAAACUUUGGUACAUGAUGAGUUCUUUCAUUUGAGAUUGUAAAUAGGAUACAAUGAAAGUUUAUUUCAUUGAAAUAUUUGAGGAACUUGAAGAAUGCAGACAAGUUUCAGGCAGAAUAUAUAGCAAAUAUCAGAAUAAUAAUAGAAGAUGAUAAAGUUUUUAUCCUUGCAGAUCUGAGACAAACUUUAUAUUUGGAUGAAAUUCAAUUAUUUUGUGAUACAAUAUAUAAUCAUACAUAGGUGUUACGUAUACACUUAAUAUAUUUUACGUAAAUUAAUUUCUCUAACGUUGCUCCAAAAAUAUAUUGUUAUCUAAUCCCAAUCAAAAGUAAGAUGUGAAUGAAUUGAAAUUAGCGUUCCAGUCUAUGUUAAACAUACAAAAAGUAAAGAUCUCUACCAUUAUCAAUUUUCUUGAUAAUUAAAUUGCUCACAGUUAAAUGAUUUUGUUGAAGUUACAAAUAAUGGAAGUAUUAAAGUAGAAGAUACUAAACAUACGAAUCUGUAUAUCCAUUAGAAGCAUCGAUUUCUUCUACGAAUCUGAAUUGCUGAGAGAAACAUGAAAUUCUUAAUAAGGGUGGUAGAAUAAAUUGAACGUAUUUUGUAAAUUUUUGAUUAAAAAGUUUUUAUUAAAACGUAUCGUAAUAACUGUUUAUAUACAUAUGAGAAACUUAAUAACGAAGCAAUUCAGUAUUCGAUAAGUUUUUUUUUUUUGUGGAAACACUUAAAUAAGAUCAAUUAUCACAGAUAACUCAUAACGAUCCUAGAUUUAAUAUAUACUGUUAUUAUACGCUCUAGAGGGUGUAUACACAGUUCUUUCAUAUUCGUACGAAACUCCUAAAUGGAUUUUUAGUUUCUUAUAGUUGGUCCUUAUCUUUUUUGAUACACUCAUGAAUCUGAAUAUGAAAGAUCUGCUUGAACCAUGUUCGAUGCAGUAAUUAAGUCUAGUUAAUUGUAAAGUUGCAUUUUAUGAUUAUGUAGAAUUAUCUGUGUGAUAUAUACAUAUAAUACUUAUCUAAGUGAUUUGUGUGGAUGUGUUCUGAAAAAGUGAACCGAAGAAAGUGAAAAAGACAAAAAUUCUUAAAACGGCUUCCUGUGCUUUUCUCAGUGAAAAAGGGACAGUAAUCGUUUCAUUUGAAAGGGACAGUGUUUAGUGAUAAAUAUUUGAAAAGCAUAAAAGAAAAAAAAAUGAAACAGAACGUGUACAGUGUAAUGUAAAACAAAUCCAAGUGUUUGUGCUUGGCGACCAACCUUGUGACGCUCUUUUAAAAUGUUAUUUUUAAAAGUGCGUUACGGUAUGUCGCAACCGAAGGUGCAGUGGUUUAAUCACACAAUAGUGUCGGAACAACAAAUAGAUGACCAUUAUGCUGAGUCAAUGCAUUCGUUAUUUUUAGUUCACCUACCAAAGUUUCAGUGACAUCGACUGAGAAAUAUUUAUUACGUUAGAAAUGUAAAUGAUUUUUAACAGGAAGAUGCAUCGAUGAUUUCAGUGUUAUCCGAGGAUAUAACAAUUCCUUCGAUACGUAAAGGAAACUUUUCCGAGAGAGAAAUAUUUUGUUGAUUUUAGUGGUAACAAAGGAAAGAAAAAACAAUCAUUGCAUAGAAAAGUUUACUUAUAUUAUCAUAAAAUGCAUGUUGUGACUUGGCGAUCAGUUGCAUGGGUUUUUUUAAAAGAAACAAAUAUUUCCUUGUGAAGUUGACCGUGAAUUUCGUGGUGUGAUUUUCUUUGUUUCUUUCAAGAAGAUUCUUUCCAUCUUUUAUCUAGAUAGAUUGUGCAGUUAGUGGUUCUCUGUGGUCUGUGGCUAUCUUUGGUUGUUUAAUUCUUAAAAAAAAAGUACUGAUUAAAAAUAUUAAAAUGAGGAAAAGAAAAAUCAGUAGCGCUCUCAUGUUUCGUAUCCCGCAGGAACAGUUGUGUCGGAAUUUAAAAGUGAAGAAUUGUCGGUGCUGUUCGGAAGUGUUUAUUUUUGUAACUUAAACAUUUCUUCGAUUAAUUAAGAUUGAGAAAAGGAGGAGUUUGUUUCAGAGUCACAGUGAAGAAAGGGUUUGGAUAGAAGAGACUGUCUACUGUCCCCUGUAUUUUACAUUUUGUACAAAUAAAUCAAUUAGACGACAAAUA